AUGAAGGAUUUCAAGAAGCUGAUUGAUGAGACAAUUUCUCUCUCACUUCUCUCUACACACUCUCUCACCAUCUCUCACUCAGUAUUUAUAAUGUCUCACUUCUCCUGCUACACACUCUCUCUCUCACUCAGUAUUUAUAAUGUCUCACUUCUCCUGCCACUCACUCUCUCUCUCUCUCUCUCAGUAUUUAUAAUUAUUUAUAAUGUCUCACUUCUCCUGACACUCUCUCUCUCUCUCUCUCUCAGUAUUUAUAAUGUCUCACUUCUCCUGCCACUCUCUCUCUCUCUCUCUCUCUCUCACUCAGUAUUUAUAAUGUCUCACUUCUCCCUCCACACUCACUCUCUCAAUCAUAUUUAUAAUAUCUCACUUCUCCUGUCACACACUCUCUCUCUCACUCAUCAUCUAUAUCUCACUCCACGCUCCACACUCUCUCUCACAGUAUUUAUAAUAUCUCAUCGCUCCACACACACUCUCUCUCUCUCUGUCUCACUUAGUAUUUAUAAUAUCUCACUUCUCUCUCUAUCUCUUACUUAUAUUUAUAAUAUCUCACUUCUCCUGCCACACACUCUCUCUCACUCAUUAUCUAUAAUAUCUCACUCGUCGCUCCACUCUCUCUCUCUCUCUCUCUCUCUGUCUCACUUAGUAUUUAUAAUAUCUCACUUCUCGCUCCACUCUCUACCUCACACUCAUAUUUAUAUCUCACUUCUCCCUCCACACUCUGCCUCUCCCUCAGUAUAUAUACUAUCUCACCUCUCCCUACACACUCUCUCUCACCAUCUCUCACUCAGUAUUUAUAAUGUCUUAUUUCUCCCCCACACUCUCUCUCUCUCACUGAGUAUUUAUAAUAUCUCCUCGCUCCACACAAUCUCUCUCUCUCUCUCUCUCUGUCUCACUUAG